UCAGAAUUCUUCUCUCUACUUCGACUUCACUAUCCAUUUAAUCGGCACGAGCAUUUCUUUGUCCAGUUGUUAUUCAUAACGAGCAAUGAAGAUUACACUCAAGACGCUGCAGCAGAAGGCAAUCCAAAUCGAUGUCGAGGAGGCAGACACGAUUCUCGACGUCAAGAACAAGGUCGAGGCAGAGCAUGGCUUCCCAGCCUCCACGCAGAAGCUCAUUUUCGCCGGUAAAAUUCUGACGGACACGCAGACGGUCGGCGAGAUUAAGAUUACCGAGAAGGACUUUAUGGUGAUGAUGACGGUCAAGCCCAAGCCGGGUACCAAGCCCAAGGCUGCAGAGCCAGCGCCGCAGUCGGGUACCAGCACACCGGCACCGGCAGCCCAGCAGCAGCAGCCUCCGGCGGCCCCUAUCGCACAGCGGACAGCCACACCCAGCGGUGUGCCACAGACCCCAUCCCCGGCUUCACGCACAGCUCCUGUGGCUGCCGCUCCAGAGACACCAGCUGGCGACAGCGCACAGCAGCACCCAGUGGGCAUGGGCGGCUCGUUUUUGAGCGGCGAGCAGUACGAGACGGCUAUUGCGAACAUGGUCGAGAUGGGCUACCCGCGUGAGCAGUGUGUAACAGCUAUGCGGGCCAGCUUCAACAACCCGGAUCGCGCGGUCGAGUAUCUGCUGAUGGGCAUUCCAGAGGCUGCACUUCAGAUGGCUGAUGCUCAGGAUGCCCGGCGUGCGGAGGCCGCUGCUGCGGGUGCUGCACCGAGCGGCGAUGCUGCUCCGGCUAGCGAGGAGUCGGCGCAAGAGGCACAGCCCGCAGCAGCCCCUACCUCGAACUCUGCCCGGGCUGCCAACCUGUUCGAGCAGGCAGCGGCGACAAGGACAGCACAGGGCCAGUUCCAGCAUGGCGCCGGCGGGGCCAGUGAGUUGGCUGCCCUGCGCAACACGCCGCAGUUCCGGCAGCUCCAGCAGAUCGUGGCCGAGAACCCGCAGAUGCUGCAGCCGGUUCUGCAGGAGCUGGCGCAGCAGCAGCCGCAGCUUGUCCAGCUGAUUGCCAACCACGAGGAGGAGUUCCUGCAGAUGCUGCUGGAGGGCCUUUCCCAGGAGCAGGUCAUGGCUGCGGUCCAUGCUGGCGGUCUGGCUGUCGAAGGCGGUGAGGGCAUGGACGAGGGGGACGACCAGCAGCAGUACAUCCGGAUCACGCCUGAGGAGAAGGCGGCCAUUGACCGCCUGGUCGCACUCGGCUUCCCGCGCGAGCUGGCCAUCCAGGCAUACUUUGCCUGCGACAAGAACGAGGAACUGGCAGCCAACUUUUUGUUUGACCACGGCCAUGAGGAUAUGGACUAAUUUUUAUACCUUGAGGCUUCAGUUUAAAACCUUCUACGGCAACCACACAUGCCAAUGGAGUCUGAGGCAGCAUCUCUUGUUCAGCACAUUCAAUCUAUUAUUUAAACGGUAUCUACUCAUCUCAAGUGUGUAGGCAUCAGGGGCCAGCUGCUGCUACAGGGGUCGGCGAUGGUGCAUCUAGCACAGCGUGAGGAACAUCAUAGCAUGUGCAUAUAGAUUCUGAGGGCAGGUGCGUCAGCCAUCUCGUCAAGGGCUUCAUAGAACAGCCGGGAUAGAGGAAGAACAAGUCGAGCACUGGUGUUUCCGCGAGCCUCCCGCAUUGCGGGGUGUAUUUUGCCACCAACGCGUACCUGCG